UCAUCUGCACCAGGUGUCGUCGAGGAUGUGGUCCAAGUGGUCGAUCACCAAGCGGAGCGUGCUCUGUGUCGACGAUUCGAUCUGCGAUUGCUUCCAUUGCUCGCGUUGAUGUACCUCUUCAACGCCCUCGACAAGGGAAACCUCGGAAAUGCAGAAACGGACGGACUCAGCAAAGAUCUCAAUUUCAAGCCAAAUCAGUACAAUCUGCUGCUCUCAAUUUUCUUCGUCCCGUAUGUGAUCUUCGCGCCACCGCUGGCAAUGCUAGGGAAGAAAUUCGGACCAGCGAGAGUCCUGCCAAUUCUCAUGUUCACCUUUGGCUCGUUCACGCUUUUAUCUGCUGCGGCGUAUAACUUUGGUGGUCUCUUUGCUAUUCGCUGGUUUCUAGGAAUGGCCGAAUCGGCUUUCCUACCGCUGGUCAUCUACUACUUGACCACCUUCUACCGACGGGGCGAGCUGGCGCGGCGACUAGCGAUAUUCUACGCAGCAUCCAACAUCGCCAAUGCAUUUUCCGGGCUGAUCGCAUUCGGCGUCUUCCAAAUCGAAAACUCUAACAUCCCCAACUGGCGAUACCUCUUCAUCAUCGAAGGCGGCGUAACAGUCCUCCUCGCUGCCUUCGCAUAUUGGUAUCUUCCCCGCAGCGCAGCCGAGGCAAAGUUCCUCUCCGAAGAGGAGAAGGCGUUGGCCUUUCAUCGCAUUCAAGUCGAUUCAAGCACAGUCGUCAACGAGCCGUUUUGCUUCCGCGAUGCAAUCCGCAUCUUCCGCCAUCCAAGCACCUAUGUCUUUCUGUGUCUGGAAAUAUGCACGGGAGUACCCAUCCAAGCUGUCAAUUUGUUCCUACCUCAGAUCGUGCAGCGACUGGGUUUUUCUACCGUCAAGACGAACCUGUAUACAGUCGCGCCCAAUGUAACCGGCGCUGUGAUGUGCGUGAUCCUCGCGUUCGCCAGUGACUUCACCCGUCUUCGCUCUCCGUUCAUCGCGCUAGCAUACCUCCUCACCUUCUCCGGCUUCAUGAUCUAUGCCUCGAUUGACAACGUGCACACACAAUUGCACGUCGCCUACUUCGCCACCUUCAUGAUGACAUGGGGCACAUCCGCACCCUCCGUCCUGCUAAGCACCUGGUACAACAACAACAUCGCGCACGAAGGCCGCCGCGUCCUCCUCACCAGUAUCGGCGUCCCACUCGCAAACUUAAUGGGCCUUGUAAGUAGCAACGUCUUCCGCAGCGAAGAUAAACCGAAAUAUCUCCCAGCCUUGAUCACAGUUGGCGUAUUUGGUGCGACGGGCGCAACCCUAGCUGGUCUUCUUGGUGGAUACAUGUGGAUGGAUAAUGUGAGACGGGAUCGGAGAGAUGGAGUGAAGGUUCGGGCGCUUGAUGUCCCUACAGACAGGCUGAGGGAUGGGCCAGCGGGGGCUGAAUUUCGGUGGUUUUUGUAGAUAUC